AAUAGAGUAGCUGAGAAGGAGCAAUCGGCAACUUCAAUGUUUGGAAUGGCGGCGAAAAGGAAAUUCGCUGUUAUACUAGGAUAGCACUCCACCAGAAUGCUGCCACGUGAAUGUAGUGUACUUUAUUCAAUAAUCGCCUACUCGUUAAUGUUUCUUGAUAAGACUGAAGGAACAUGUGAGCAAGGAUCAAACUGCCAGAGUUGCUUUAAUGAAACCUGUGGCAGGGCCUAUGAACCACACAGUCCACUUGUGUUAUGUUCUCACUUGCCCAGAGAAUUUAUGUCAUGUGAUCCACCUCUUGAUCUUGGCAAGAAUGAAACCAGAAGAAAUAUUCUUGGAUAUGGUUGCACAAAGUUUGGUGGAUCGAGGUACGAGCAAGUCCAACAAACACCAGUAUUGUGUACAGCCUUUAGGGAAAUAGAGUGCUUCGGAAACAGAACAUUUCUUUCUGGAAUGCACCCGUGUUUAAAGUACUCAGGACAUUAUUUUGUAACGACUCUACUCUAUUCGAUUCUUCUUGGAUUCCUCGGCGUGGAUAGGUUCUGCCUAGGGCAUACUGGAUCGGCAGUUGGUAAACUUUUGACGCUGGGAGGCCUUGGAGUUUGGUGGUUUGUUGAUAUAAUAUUGUUGGUUUUGGGACAGCUAAAUCCGGACGACGGGAGCAGCUGGAAUCAAUACUAUUAGCAUGUAAAAAGCAGUAUAUGAUUAGUAAUCUCGGUGCAGCAUCCAGUUGUGAAAAUUAAUCUUUUUGAGUGGUGGGAGAAGUUAAGUAAAGUUUUACGGUCGAGCAGCCUUUUCGCUUCUAUUUCCUAGCAAGAAUAUGCAAUUUUCGUAAUACAUAAUUUGAACCACUUGAAUCAUCUUUAAAAAUUUCUGUCCUGUCCAACAAAAUGGUGGCAUAAAAUUGGGCUUAAAAUGCAUAAAUGCUCAAAGAAAAUUAGUGAUUCCACAAAUUUGUUUUAGCAAUUGUUAUUAAUCUGUAAAUAGGCCUAAAAAUGAAGGAUGCUUGCAAUAACGGUGUCAAGUUCCUUUAUACUCACACUUACAUUUUAAUGCAGCUUUGCUCAUGAAGAGAAUCUUUUUCACAGUUACGUCUGCUUAAAAGAGUUAUUAGAUAUUUUGCGGCCGUACCUGAAAAAAUAUUAUAGUGAUCUUCAAGUUUGAAGUAUAGUUUACAUUGUCAAGAUACAGGCCAUGAAGAUUGCAUUAUACAAUUUAUGGGUGUAUUCAUUUGUCUCUUUAGGUCGACACACAUUUUAAUAUUGUAAUCAGUAGCAGUUGCAUCCUGGUUAUGAUUCCUUGUUUUGUUGUGAUUGGUUCAUAUAAUCAUCGAAGAUUGACUCUAAUGUAUCAAAAGCUUCAGUUUAGAUAAAUUAAAUAAAUUUCUUUGGGAAAUUUGUAAAGAUGUCAUGGA